CCUGCGCGUGAUGUGUCAAAAUAAAUAACAACCAGAGCUAGGUUAUGUAAAAGUCAUGUUUGUUGAUAGCUAUUUAAUUAUUCCUCUGUUCUAAAUAGUGAUAAUGUGAAUAGUGCUUAUCACACCUCAUUACGUGUGCAAUAGCAGGAUGUCAGUGUUAAGUCCGUUUGUUUUUUGGGCCCAAAACGAAAAAACUGUCUUCUUAAAAGUAGACCUAAAGGACGUAAAAGAUCCCAACAUAACUCUAGAAUGCCAUAAAUUACAAUUUCAGUCCAAAGGGGUUGGAGCCCGGGGGCUGAACGAGUAUGCCUUUGCAAUUGACUUCUAUUCAAACAUAGAUGCUGAGAAAAGUGUGCACAAAAUCACUGAUAAUCGGGUAGAUUUUACCAUAAUUAAGACAGAAAAGGGCUGGUGGCCUAGGUUGAUGACCCAGACCCAGAAACCCAUAUGGUUGAAAAUCGACCAUGACCGCUUCCAGGCGGAAGACAUGGACGAGGAGGUGGCCGACGUGAUGCAAGAUUAUCCAAAUUUGUACGAUAAACUACAGAGGGAGGAAUUUGGGUAUAAAAAAGAGGACUUCAAAAAAGUCUACUUGACGCUUUACAAUUUAUUUAUGUACGUUGGCUUCAUGUACGUAGUGUGCGUAUUAUCAGUCAGGUACAUCAAAGACGGCUCCGAUUCCUUCCCUGGAACUUAUGCAGCUGUAGGUUCCGCUAUGUGCUUUUUACAAUUAAUCCAAAUUUUGGAAGUUAUGCAUCCGUUGUUUGGCUAUGUUAGAGGCGGGGCUUUCAUACCAGCGCUUCAAGUAGGCGGGCGAAUUUUCGUCUUAAUACUAAUGCUAGAACUGGAACCGCGGCUACAAACCAUGCCGGUGGUUUUUUACUUGUUUAUGACAUGGGCGGCCAUAGAAAUAAUUAGAUAUCCCUACUACAUGUCGCAAUUGUUAAAAAAAGAAAACGGUUUAUUGACUUGGUUAAGAUACACCGCUUGGAUAGUGCUUUACCCGAUUGGAUUUGUCUGUGAAGGUGUUAUUAUUUUCCGAAAUUUGAUUUUUAUGGAACAGGAUAAUACGUGGUCGGUAACUAUUUCUAGUCCGUUUGAAUUUACAUUGAAAUUUGCGACGGUUUUGCGCCUCUAUUUAUUAAUCGGGAUGAUUCCAGGGUUGUACACCCUGAUGUCACACAUGUACAAAGCGCGGAAACUUAAAAUCGGGCCUGUGACCGUCAAAAAAAAUAAAAUCAAAAAAGCGCAAUGAGCUAAGUAGUCAAUUUUAUCGCACAGUUUUUGCAUUGUUAACAAAGUGGCAGUUACAGUUAUUGAAAUAAAACACUAAAUGCGAA